GACUCAGCUAGCCUUGACGUCAUGAACACGGAAACAGGAACAACAAGAGAAGGGCUGGCAGCUGUGAGUGGAGUUACUGUCGGUAGCGAUUGAGCUAAAUUGAGUUUUUUUUUAAAUGAACUGAAAACGAAAAGAUUCAAAGAUGAUUUCAGAAGGCAGCUCCUUCAUAAAGGGUAUGUUGCUGGGGGGUCUGUUCUGCGCGUUGGUGACCCUGUUAGGGGAUUUCAACAAGGGGCAUCAGUCAACCACAGACCACCAUCACCACCACAUCCAGGCACCAAGCGAGGAGGAACUGCUAAAGCUUCCCGAGCCCAAGAGGUUAGAGCUGAGCCAGAACAUCCGUGUGUACUGCGCCAUCCUCGUGCAGCCCAGAGAACUGUCCUACUGGGCAGCUGUGAAGGAGACCUGGAGCAAGCACUGUGACAAAGCUGAGUUCUACAGCUCCGAAAACGUCAAGGUGUUCCACUCUGUCAACCUUGACACCAAAGACAAGUGGCUCAUGCUGAGGAACGCUCUGAAACAUGCCUACGCCAACGGCAAGGGCUACAGCUGGUACUUCGUGGCACUCCCCUCCACGUUUGCGAUUAUCGAGAACCUGAAAUUCUUCCUUUUGAAUAAGGACCCCGGCCAGCCCUUCUACAUCGGACACACCGUUAAAUCGGGGGAGCUGGAGUACGUUGAGCUUGAGGGCGGUUUGGUGCUGAGCGUCGAAGCCCUCCGCAGGCUGGUGGGGGUGUUCAGUGACAAUGUCAAGUGCCCCGAACAGGGCAGCGCGCUUUGGAAACUGACUGAGGAAAAGGAGCUGGCUGUGUGUCUGAAGUACACCGGCGUGUUCGCUGAGAACGCAGAGGACUCGGAAGGAAAGGAGAUUUUCAACACCAAAUCGGUCAACACUCUUAUUAAAGAGGCCCUGGCUGAGAAGCCCCAGGAGGUGGUGAACGGCUGCUGCUCUGACGUAGCCAUCACCUUCCACGGCCAGUCUCCGAACCACAUGCAGGUCCUCAUGUACGGGGUCUACAGACUCCGUCCUUACGGGCACACCUUCCACGAUUCCUUGAUAUUUUUGCCUCCAGUUGAUUCCGACAAUGACUGAGCUUGGGCUGCAUCGGCAGCCACACAGAACUGCAGCCCUGUACAGAACGAGUCUAGAAACUACUUUAUCUGUCCAAUCUGUUCUCCUUCUAGGGCUUCGUUCAGUGGUCCGAAGGUAUGAGGUUUCAACAAUUUCAGUAAUUCAGCAGCAGUUGUCAGCCUUCAGAGGAUCUGUCACACAUUGCAUUCAUGUACUGAUCAAAGUUAUUAUUUUCUUGUUAAUGGUUGUUAAAAGCUGACAGGGUGGCUGUUGUGUCAUUGUGGUGUGAGGAAAUCAUUAUCUUUUACUACUUAGUGCACCAAGCCUGAUUCUCAAGGAGAAACUGAGAUUUGAGACCCUGUGAUUUAUAUUCAAGGACAUAUUGCCAACAAAACAUAUUGAAGAAACAAAACUGAACACAAAGCUCCUGUACUGAGAGCUCACUUAUUUUCUGCAGGUCUGUGUCACGGAUGCAUUGGUGUAGCCUGUACUAUUGCAUCCGUUCAUCAGACAGUUAUGUUGUUGCCACGUACCAGACUAGGGGGUAAGUUCACGCAGAAUUUGUCACUUCAGUCAAUCUAAAUAAAAUAUUAAAGAGGGCAUAACAUUGUUAGUGAGUAUGUGCUUAGAGGUCACAGGAGAAUAAGUAAGAAAUGAUAUUAGUUGGAGUCAUAUCUUAUUCAUUAAGAGCCACGAAAAAGAUACGUUUCCAAGAAUGACAAUCAGGCUGUUUUUGUGAUGGCAGAAUGUUUUGCAAAUAGAUUUGGUCUAUAUGAAUAUGCAUGUAUUGCACAGGAUAUGAUUGAUGCAAUACUCUCAAUUUAAUCAGUUCACAGUCUGCUGCAGUACCUAAUCUAUUUAAAAGAAAAAAUACAAGUACAGAAAUCAAAGUACUGCAUUUAAUUUGGGUGAAUUAGUUUGAGACUUUUAUAUUUAAUUUUGUAUUUAUAUCUGAAAAUCAUGUAUAGACGAUUCAGACUAUAUAUAUCCUAAUUGAUAUUCGAGUCAGAAUUAAAGAAGUAAGAAAGUCAGCCUCAAUCGGGUCGUUUCAUCACCCAUGUGGCAUGUUUUCCCCAGGAUCAUGUGCUUUGCACUGCAGUGCUGGUAAAUAGGGGAUUGGAUGAUUGAUUGUUUAUCUUCCAUUAAGAGGAACUCGUUCUGCUUCUUUUAUUAGUUGUAAGGAUGCCUCCUGGUGCCAAUUCAAAGGUAUUGCAGAGAAUAACCACCAAUAAAUUUCACCCAGUGAAAAUGAGUGACAUACUGCAAUUUAAAUAAGCAUCUACAAAUGUACAGUAUAAUAUAGAUAGGAAUGUAUGAUUUAGAUAGUCGUUUCUGCUGAUAACCCUCUGACAUUGACCUGGGGGCAUUUAUAUUUCUCAAAGAACCACCAGCUAAAGGUCAUUAAUACACAAAAUACAAGUCAAGUAUUUGUUUUUUCUGUAUUUGUUGGGAUAUGUUAAUAAUAAAUUAACCAAAUUGUUGGUUUGCCAAGAAACUGAGAUCGUUAUCUCGCAAUCUAGAAAUAACCGUUCUAAAAUGUAAAAAUCCUGAAAUAAUGCUGUCGGUCAGCAAUGUAGAAAGCUUUGAAAAUGAUGUAUUGAGAUCACCUGCAUUCAUUAUCUGCAAUAACAAAAUAUGAGAUUCUUCUGUGUUUGUAUGUAACAAGUGAAAAAGCAUUGAAGGGACUGCAAAUGUAAAAUGUUUUUCUAGUGAAGUUGUACACUUUGCAGCGGAAGUGACAGCAUGUACAGUGAAGUCUCUACAAUUGAAAAGUGUGCUCUACUGUCAUUCAGGUGGGGUCCACAGAGAAGCUUUCGUAACCCUGAAUCUGCUGUAACAUGAAGAUAUUUUUGCAUAGCACAUCAUACUUUUUCUACUGGUUUUGGAUAAUUUGUGGUAAAUACAUAAAACCUGACAUACUGGGAAUAAUUGAUGGCUUCUUGUCAAUAAAUGUUUGUGUCUGGAUUUUUUAAAAA